AUGGAGAACCAGCAAGAGGAGACGCAGGAUGGCUCCUCGAUUAAGCCAGUGUCUUCCCUCCGCGCCCAAUUCGAGAACCUCCUCAGCACAAACAAAUCACCCGCGCCUGCCACCCCGAGACAGCGCUCUCCUGGCGCCGGCGACCGCCUUCCCAUGCCAGAGGACAACAGGAGAACAGACGGGCGCAUAUCCCUAGACAUGCCGAGGGAUAGAGACUAUACCGAGAGACCCUCGCCCAGUGUGGCCGACUACAGUGGGAGUGGGACAGUGACACCGCGCUCGAACACCCUCGGACGGUCGCUAUGGGGCAAUCCAAAACCAAGACCGACAUCGAUGAUGGCUUUCUCUCCGCCCAGGUCGCCUACAAGGUCGCCCACAAGGUCGCCUCCAAAAGUCACUGUCCAAUCACCAAGAUCACCACCCAAGUCUUCCGCAUCCCCCAUACACUCGCCGCAGCCUUCGAAACCCAUCUCGCACGUAGCACUGGAUUCGCCCUCGUCAGCGUCUGGGGGGAAAAGAUUCUUCAAAAUGCCCAGUCGCAAUGGUACUCCUGGUGUGGAUGCGAAACCUGUCUUCCCAUCUCAUACGGGCAAUGGCCCCUCCAACGAUCCACGAAAGGGUGACCGACCAGUAUCCUCUGCGCCGCCUGCGCCACCACCCGUAAAUCGAGCCGGAAAGCCCAAGAUCCCACCAAAACCGAUUUCUGUUGACGGUGCAGCUCGCACAAACCUAGCACCCGAAGCAACAUCUGAUGCUGUAGAUGUGUCUCCAUUCAGUACGCCACCCAGCAGUAGUGGAGAUAGCGUCAAGGGAGAGCCUUCUCCACCAGUUAUUCCAGGGUUCUCUAAACCAAAGUUCACUCCUAGUAACAAUGGAUACUUUCCAGCUCAUCCACCAUCUACAGACUCUCGCAUACCUGGGAAGCAACCCUUCAAGAAAACUAUGCCUCCACCAUCACCGAAUGACCUCCCAGAAGACCGCCCAUCGUUACCCAUGCGACGAGAGAAAGACAACUUCGACUUGCGGAAGAGCGUGCAACUGCAGAGAGCAGCACCCCCUGACUUGCCAGUGCGACGGUCUUUUGACCAGACCCGGCCUGGUCAGUUAGUACAGGAGACAAACAACAAAUUCAUGCCCCCUCCCCGGCGGAACAACACAACUGGCGCCAUAUCCGCUAGUCCCGGAAAAGCGUUAGAACCCCCGAAGCCACCGCCUCCACGAAACUCUGGGGAAAUGCGACGGCCUUCCCAGCCAACCGUGCAAGCAUCGCAGCUAUCACAGCCGUACACUUAUGACUCGGACGAGGAGGACACAGGCGCAGAAAAACAACCGGCGACUGCUCUAACAGACUACCCAGACUCGUCACAAGCGAAUCGAAGGCCACCAGUGUUUCCGGAUGGCGUAGCUGGCAUUCCGACAGGCUACGAGACCAAACUGUUCGCGAUUUGUGGUGAUUACAUAUGUACGACCGGAUAUGUGACCAAUGUUUGGAACGUUUUGAAUGGGCGACUGCUUAUGAGUCUCGCCCAUGGUGACACAGUCAAAGCCACAGCGAUUGCAUUUCGGCCAGCCAAGGACGUUGAGGACGAAGGCAAGCGGUUAUGGCUAGGGACGAAUACCGGCGAAAUGCAUGAAAUUGACAUACCCACACAAAGUGUAGUGUACACUAAGAGUAACGCGCACGCGAGGAGUGUGGUCACCAAAAUCUUCCGCUAUGCCUCAGAAAUGUGGUCUCUCGACGAGGAUGGCGUUUUGCACAUUUGGCCAGCAGACGAGUCAGGAUGUCCUUCUUUGCAGCAGGCGCCGCUCACUUACCGCAUCCCUCGUGGAAGCACCUUUUCCAUAAUCUCAGGCUCCCAGUUGUGGGUAGCUUCGACGAAAGACAUACGAGUUUACGCUCGUACAUCAGACAACAACUACUUCCAGCAGUUGACACAGGGACCUUUGUCUCAGCUUAAUGUCGGAGACGUCACUUCUGGUGCUAUCAUCAGCAGUCAGCCGGAUAAGAUGUACUUUGGACACGCUGAUGGGAAAGUCACAAUCUACUCCAAGAAGAGCUUUGAAUGUCUUGGAAUUGUGAAUGUCAGUGUGUAUAAAAUCAGCUCCCUGGUUGGUGUUGGUGACUUCCUUUGGGCUGGCUACAGUACUGGAAUGAUAUACGUGUACGAGACCAAGUCGACCCCCUGGAAGGUGUUGAAAGAUUGGAAGGCACACGACAAACCAAUCGCGGGCAUUUUGGCCGAUCGUACCAGUAUCUGGAAGCUCGAUAGAUUCCAGGUCGCGUCUUUGGGAACGGACAGCAUGUUGCGUGUCUGGGACGGGAUGAUGAAGGAGGAUUGGCUCGAAAACUUGAUGCAACAACGCGAUUCUGAAUACUGUGAGUUCAGAGAGCUCUCAGCACGAGUUAUGACAUGGAACGCCGGCGCAACCAAACCCGCAAACAUACGGAACACAGAGCAGGAUCGCAAUUUCUUCCGGGAGAUAAUCGAGCCUGGCAAUUCUCCCGACAUUCUCGUCUUUGGCUUCCAGGAGUUGGUAGAUCUGGAAGACAAGAAGAUUACUGCCAAGAGUAUCUUCAAGAGAAAGAAACACAAGGAGACAUCAGAACACGAACACAUGUCUCAUCAAUAUCGGGCGUGGCGAGACCACCUUGUCCGUGUUCUGGACGAACACAGUCCAAACGAGAAUUAUGUUCUCUUGCAUACCGCCAACCUUGUCGGUCUCUUCACCUGUGUGUUCAUAAAGGCUUCUGAACGGACAAAUAUCCGCGACGUAUGUGCAGCUGAGAUCAAGCUUGGCUUCAGCGGUCGAGUUGGUAACAAGGGUGCGCUCGUGGUGCGCUUCUUCAUUGACGAUUCGUCGCUCUGCUUUAUCAACUGCCAUCUCGCAGCUGGUCAGACACAGACCGUGCAUCGCAACAACGAUGCCGCCGCAAUUAUGGAGAACGCGCCAUUACCGAAGAACCGCUCCCCAACUUCGUGCGCAAACUACUUUGUUGGAGGUGGUGAUGGAUCUAUGAUUUUGGACCACGAGAUUUGUAUCUUGAACGGUGACCUCAACUAUCGCAUUGACGCGAUGCCUCGCAAUACUGUUGUCGCCGCUGUGCAGCAAGGGAAUCUGGCGAAGCUUCUUGAGCGCGAUCAACUGCUUUUGUCUCGCAAACGCAAUCCCGGGUUCCGCUUGCGUGCAUUCACAGAAGCGCCCAUCAACUUUGCUCCCACUUACAAGUAUGAUGUAGGGACAGACAAUUACGAUACCUCCGAAAAGCAGCGUUCACCAGCAUGGUGCGAUCGGUUGCUGUACCGCGGCUUGGGUAGAAUCAAGCAGUUAGAUUACCGGCGACAUGACUCUAUCAAGGUCUCAGAUCACCGUCCUGUCAGUGGAACAUUCAAGCUCCGUGUCAAGACGAUCAACUCGAAGAGACAAGAUGCCACCAGAGAUAAAGCCGAGGUUGAGUUCGAGGCAGUGCGGCGGCGGAUAGCUGGAGACAUCAAACUCGACUACCUGAUCAAUGUCUUCGGCCUAUCCAGCAAAGAAGCUCAGAAGCUACUGAAAGGAGCUUGA